GGUUAGGUAACAGGGAAGAUGGCGGCGCACAGGGUUCAUGAGUUAGGCUCUAUGACAUGGCGACUGGCGGGGCAGUUGAGGGCUGGUCUGGGUGGGCUUCGGCUCCCAGCGGCUGGGGCGGUAGUUAGGGGCCCCGGAGCCUCCAGUGGAGCCACAGUCAGGAAUUUUAGUCUACUUCCUUACUCAGUGAACCAAGGGAAGGAUGGAAGUCUGUCCUUGACAGCACAGCAGAGCUGGGUUUGUUAUCUUCGAGGCAGCUGGCGUGGGUACAGCACUGGUUGGAGGUGGCAGGAGGCAGGGAGAGGGGGCAGGAGGAUGUGGGGUCUGGUGUUCGCUUUUGGGGGUGCACUUGGGGUGGUGCAGACCCUAAAAUAUUCCCUGGGGGAGCAGAGAGCAAGGGAAGAGGGGAAGGUCUCAGAAGGAGGUCUCCACCUUACCCUCUACCAGUACAAGACUUGCCCCUUCUGCAGUAAGGUUCGCGCCUUUUUGGAUUAUCACCAACUGCCCUACGAGAUUGUGGAGGUGAAUCCCGUCCUGCGGAAAGAGCUUAAAUUCUCCAGCUACAGAAAAGUCCCCAUUCUCCUAGCGGAUGCUGGUUCCUCCUUGCAAUUAAACGACUCCUCAGUGAUCAUCAGCGCCAUCAAAACUUUCCUUAUAUCCAGGAAAAGCCUGGAGGAGAUUGUGUCGUACUAUCCGGCUAUCAAGGUGACGAAUGAGAAAGGGAAGGAGGUAACAGAGUACCAGAACAGAUACUGGCUGAUGCUAAACGAAGAGGAGACACAGCGGCUGUACGAGUCCAAGGAAUUGCAGAAGGAGGAAAUGAAGUGGCGUCAGUGGGUAGAUAACUGGCUGGUCCACCUCAUCUCUCCUAAUGUUUACCGCACCCCUGGAGAGGCACUGGCCUCAUUUGACUACAUUGUUCGUGAGGGGAACUUUGGCUUCGUGGAAGGCAUCUUCGCAAAGUACGUGGGAGCAACAGCCAUGUUUUUCAUUGGGAAGAGACUGAAAAGCAGGCACAACUUACAAGAUGAUGUCCGUCAGGAUCUGUACAAGGCCGCUAAUACCUGGGUGGCCGCGGUGGGGAAGCACAGGAAGUUCCUUGGUGGCCCACAACCAAACCUGGCGGAUCUGGCUGUUUAUGGGAUCCUGAGAGUCAUGGAAGGUCUGCAGUCAUUUGAUGAUAUGAUGGCAAACACCAAGAUCAAGCCCUGGUACGAGAGGAUGACCAAAGCCGUUCAACAGCAGUCAACAGCACAAUGAGACGAUACUUGAGAACAUUAGUAUGGACGGUCCUGGGCUUCUCACCAUCGAUCAGAUCCAAAAACGUUUUUUUACUCUGUGUGAGCAGCACCCCAGAACGUUAUGGUCACCACUAACUUGGUAAAUUGGCAGUUCCAGGUCGUGACGCGCAUUGUGACCUCUGCUGUUAUAUAAUUACUAAGGUAUAAUGUCACUGAAGUGUGAGGGGGUUUUGCCUAAUUAAAGGCAUAUUAGACGGCAUAUCCCAAUUUUGGUGGCUGGAAGGCUCCAACGUGGCAACAUGUGACAUUGAAACGGUUAUAGCCAUCCUCACCUUGGCCUCCAUUGAUUUUAAUACGCAUUUCAAAUUAAAUGGGUCAAAUUUCUCUGUCCCUAUACUUGGGUAUCUUCACACAGAAUUGCAGGUAGGUUAUAGGGUAUGCCCACUUUUCUUUGAGUUCAGUGUUUUUUUGGGUGUGACAUUGCAGUAGGCAGGACAACCAUAGAAAUGAAUGGGGUUGCAGCACAACUCACACGUUUUCUGUGACCCCUGAAUUGUCAAAUAUCUGACACUGCUGGGUUUUUCACAAUUCUGGGGUUGCUGCAAACAUGCGAAUUGCUCUUUGAUCCCUUUAAUUUCUAUGGCUGCUCUGCUACACUCAUGCUUGUGCCACUUCAUGCCCAAAAUCACUGUAGCCAUUGUUGCAGCCAUUGUUCCAGCCAUCUCCUCUCUCUUUGAUAAUCUCAUGUUGUAUUCGGCCUUACAUAUUGCAGCGUUGUUCCAUAGCCAGAUAACGUAGUCCUUAAAGGGGUUCUCUGCCUUUUUUUAUUUACAGAUAAGCUGAUCACAGGAUAUGUCCAUUCUGCAAACCCCAGUAAUCAUAGUCUGCAGGUUAAAGGGGGUGGCCCAUCUGGGACACUGAUGCCAUAUCGUUAGGAUAUGCUAUCAAUAUCAGAUAGGAGCAGAUCUUAAAGGUGGGACCCGCUCCUAUCUCCAGAACUGACAGAGCAGCUGCACCCACUGUUAAUCCGCUAUAGAAGUUACAAAAAUAGCCAAGCACACGCUCAGCUGUUUUUUGAACUCCCCAAACGGUGAACAGAGAGCAAGCCUAUCUCCUGUUGUAGAGCGAGGUACAGGUCCCACCUAUCUGACACUGAUAUCCUAGUGAUAUGCCAUCAAUGUCCCAAAUGGGAAUAUUAGGUGUUGAGUCCUUCUGCAGCACACCCGCAGGGGAAAUAAAGCAUUACACAGCUCAUAUUAAAGAGGUCCACCUUUUAGAUUUCGACGACCUGCCCUCAGGAUAGGUCAUCAAUAUCAGAUCAGUGGGGUCUUGUACCCUCCCCAAUCAGCUGUUUGUGGUAGCGACAGGUGCCAGAAACAUAUCAGUAGACUCUGUGUAAUGGCCGUGCUGGGGUACCGCAGCAUUUGGGUAAAUGCGUGCUGAAAUGCAGUAUGCUGGCACGACCUCCUUUUGAUUCUAGCUCUGAGCACUAUUUUAUGUCCAGCGCUAACUGCUGAAAACACCUAAUGUGUAAGGGUGCCAGGGGUCGGACCCCCACCUGUCAUUAUCUAAAAGGUGGAAGACCCCUUUAAAAGAAUAGACUGCCCAUGUAGUGCAUGGAGGUGCUGGGAUGCUCUUCAUAGUUGCUCUUGAUUUUUGCUAAUAAAUGAGGAUCCUAAAACAAUAAAACGGGUGGGUUUGAAAGCAGACAACCCCUUUAAUGAUUUUAGAAUCUCUUUCCCUUUUUGAUGA